GCAAAAUUGAAGUUUCAGUACUUCUACAUGGGAAGAUAAUCAAUAUAUAUAAAUUAUAGGGGUCAAAAUGCUAUUUCUCCUUCUUUGCCUGGAUUCGGUUUUCCAUAAGCAGAGCAGAACUUCCGAUUCGUAGUCGCUCUCUUCUUCUUCUUUUGCAUCUGCUGAGAUCACACACUGAGCUAGGGAGAAAGAGAGACGCAAACAAGGAAACCAAAUAUUUGGGAAAAAAAAAAAGAAGGCAGAGGAAAAAUGGCAGUGCGAACUAGGUUUGUGAAGGCAGCUCUUGGUUUAAUGGCGAUUUGCUUGGCGGCAUACAUAGUGGGGCCCCCUCUGUACUGGCACUUAAUGGAGGGAUUGGCCUCGGCCUCCGCCUCAGCCACUUGCCCGCCCUGCAACUGCGACUGUGAUUCUGUGCCCCUUCUCUCUAUUCCUCAAGAUAAUGCUUAUAUCUAUCUGCUUAAUUUUAGUGACUUAGUAAUGCCGCAGUUUUGUAAAGAUGGAAACUUGGCUGCUCUUUACUACCUCACCUGCCUGCUUAUAACAUUUGUGUUUUUCUUUCUUGCAGGGCUGAAUAAUUCUUCCUUUACAGAUUGCGCCAAGCACGAUCCAGAUGUGAAUGAUGAUACCCAGAAGAACUUUGCAGAGCUAUUGUCUGAGGAACUAAAGCUUCGAGAAGCUGAGGCUUUGGAACAUCAGCAGCAUGCUGACAUGGCAUUGCUCGAGGCUAAAAAGAUGACUUCCCAAUACCAGAAAGAGGCUGACAAGUGUAAUUCUGGAAUGGAAACGUGUGAGGAGGCAAGAGAAAAAUCGGAAGCUGCUUUAUUAGCACAAAAACAGCUAACGGCCUUGUGGAUGUCAAGGGCUCGCCAAAGAGGUUGGAAAGAAGGAAAUGCCAGGGCUCAAUCCUAGGCAAUUUAGCACGCAUUUUGUUAGAAUACCAACUUCAUAUAAGAGUUCCUUCCGUUUGAAAGACAUUAUAAAUUAAAAGUAUCUGGUGUUGCAGCUGAAAGUGAGCAUCAGGGCUAGAAGUAUUGUGCAAUAUUUCAUGUAGAGCUGUAGAGGUAACAUGUUCGCGAUUGUUAAUUAUCAUUAUUUGCUGGAAUCACGUUAUGCUAGCAAAAGUUGAGAUUUCGAUGUGGAAGAAUAUUUAAUGUCCUGGAUUUUGCCAUGUAAACGAUUUCUUCUUAGUUCGAAUCAGAAAUAUAUUUUGUAUGUGCAUAUAUA